GGCCCCACGCCCCGAGGCGGAGGCACCGACUGAGGGCAGAUCGGGGAAAGGAAGAGGAGCCUCGGUGCCCGGUCAGGGAGGGACCCGCGUUCCCGUGACAGGUCCACCGCCCGCCUCCCCGAGGACCAGGCUCAGCAAGGGCCCUGAGGCCUCGCUCAGACUGCUACUGCACCCCGACCCUGGGGUUGGAGUUGGCUGUCUGCAUCCUCACUUGUGCAAGGCAUGUGUGCAGAGAGCUGUGGACGCCUGCUCUUGUCUGGGUCCCCAAGUUAACUUUGUGAGGUCCACUGCUCAGCCUGGAAGGGACUGGGCGCAUCGGGAAGGGAAGCUCCUGUGCAGAUCACUGUGUGUAGAACCUUGGAGAACACCACAAGGCAUCUUCUCUGGAUCAAGCUAUGGUGAAAGAUGUUUCGCAAAGGCAAGAAGCGGCACAGCAGCAGCAGUUCCCAGAGCAGUGAGAUCAGCACGAAGAGCAAGUCCGUGGAUUCCAGCCUUGGUGGUCUCUCGAGAUCCAGCACCGUCGCCAGCCUCGAUACCGACUCCACCAAAAGCUCAGGACAGAGCAACAGUUUAGACACGUGUGCCGAGUUUCGAAUAAAGUAUGUUGGUGCCAUCGAGAAACUGGACCUGUCUCAGGGGAAGAGUCUCCAAGGACCACUGGACCUGAUAAAUUAUAUAGAUGUCGCCCAGCAAGAUGGAAAGCUGCCUUUUGUUCCCCUGGAGGAGGAGUUUAUUCUGGGUGUUUCCAAGUACGGCAUAAAAGUCUCAACCACGGAUCAGCAUGGCGUUCUGCAUAGGCAUGCCCUGUAUUUAAUCAUCCGGAUGGUGUGUUAUGACGACGGCCUGGGAGCCGGGAAGAGCUUGCUGGCACUCAAGACCACAGAUGCCAGCAAUGAAGAAUGCAGCCUGUGGGUUUACCAGUGUAACAGCCUGGAGCAAGCCCAAGCAAUCUGCAAGGUUUUAUCCACAGCAUUUGACUCUGUGUUGACGUCCGACAAGUCCUGAACUCUGCAGUCAAGUGGAAGCUGACCCAUCUGAGAGCUCACCUGGUCCUCCAUCUUUCAGCUUUCCAUAGGCAGUGAUGAACUAUUAGAGGGUGUAAUGCCCCACCCAGUUUUCUAAAGGAAGUGUAAUGUGUAAAAUAUCAGUCAUCAUUAAAAGGUCGUUAACAGUA